AUGGGCUCCAUCAGUCCCAACAUUAUCACACUGAACUGGAAGGGGAAGAGCCCCAAACAGCAGGUGGCUGACACUAGAAACAAUGCCCAACAACCUAGGUAUAAGCUCCCACCAACGUCCACUGGAAAUAGAGGUGAAACACAAGGUGCCAGAGCGAAGAACCAACACCACCAUGUAAGCCAGCAGCAUCAGCAUCAGCAUCAGCAACAGCAACAGCAACAAGAGCAGCAGCCGUUCCCAGAGGCCAAUGCUGAAGCCAUCAGUUUCCUUGACUCUUUCCGGACGGAGGAACUUCUGCUGUUCUUCUCUGAGACUCUGGCCAUUGUCUCAGACACAGGGGAACCUCAGGGAGAGCUGACCAUCGAGGUGCAGAGAGGAAAGUACAAAGACAGCCUGGGCAUCCUGACCCACUGUCUAAUGGUUCACGCCUUUAGCCGAGGCUUCCUAGAUAAAUCACUGUGUGGAAGCUCCCUCCUAGGCUACCUAAGCAAUAAUCUGGAGCUAAUGGAGCAGCACAGCCAUGAGUUCAUCAAGUUUCCCAUCCUCCCCAUGGAACGGAAGAUGAGUAUUAUGAAGCAGGAUGACCAGAUGGUUGUGACCAGAAGUGUCAAGGAGGGUGAGGAAACGAAGACUGGAGUCUCUGCUUUCCCCUGUCAAUCACUUAAGGGCUUUGUCUCCAGCAUCGCCAAUCUGGUGCUUCUGAGAGUGAUGGCUUGGCGGCAGUCAGUGCCCAGCGGUGCUCGGUUCCUGGCCUUGGACACCGAGGGCAAACUAUGCUAUUGCACCUAUCAAUCCCUCGGCUUCCAGACAAUCCAAGUGGGCAACCAGCAGGCUGAAAUGUUCAUCGUGGAGCAAACCAUACACUCUGAGGAGGGCAUCCCUUUCUCCUGCCAAUUCUACUUGCUCUCCGAUGGGCACCUGGCUAAGAGAGUCCAGGUGGGCUCUCCAGGGUGUUGUAUCAUCACCAAGAUGCCCCUCUUGAGGGAAGAGGAUGUGAUUGAGCCUCCGCCUCGGUUUGGUAAGAAGCCCCUGGUGUGGGAGGAAGACCUGGAGCUAUACUCGAAAUUCCUGAACCGGAAGGAGCAGCUACGCCUCAGCCACACCAGCUAUCUGCGGCAGCACCCCGAGGCCCAAGCGCUCAUCUCCGACUUCCUCCUCUUCCUGCUGCUCCGGCGGCCCGAGGAUGUGGUCACCUUCGCUGCAGAGCACUUCGGGCCCUUCGCGAUGCUGCGCCCGCCGAUCCCUGCCCUACGAUCCUCACACCGGCCGAGCCCUUUCCGCCAGCUGGAGUCCGAGGAGGAGGAGGAAGAGGAAGAAGAGGAAGAGGAGGAGGAAGAGGAGGAAGAGGAAGAGGAGGAAGAGGAGGAAGAGGAGUACUUUUACGCUGACGAAUAUGACUACGACGAUGAUGAAGUCAAUGAGGACGUCAACUACAGGGCCAACAAGGAAGAAGAAAGCAACUACAUCAAGGACGAUGACAAUGACAAAGUCGAGGAGAAUGACGAUAACGACGACGAGAAGAGUGAUGACGACGAUGACGAUGACGACGACGACGACGACGACGACUACUACUACUACGACGACAACCAGAGUUUGGAUCUGGAAAAGGACAAGGCAGAUAGCUAGGAGCGAGAAAUUGUGGAUGGCCCGGUCGGGUAUCCUGGUUGUGGGUUCACUGGGAGAUAAGCAGGUUCCUUUGCCCUGUGUCACUCUGCCAACAGGGACUGUCUCUGUCUCUUGUCAAAAAUUCGAAGUAUAACUUUGUUUACUCAGCAAGUUUUAUCCUUUCUUCCUAGAUGCUAUUUCCACGGUUAUGGCCAUUUCAGAGAAAUGGUUCACACACACACACCUGUAAUCAGCACUCAGGAAGCUGACACAGGAAAACUGCUGUGAGUUUUGAGGCAAGCUAGGGCUACACAGCAAGACCCUGUUUCAAAAUGAUAUUAAAAGUUAAGAGAUGAGGAGGUGAGGCAGAAACGACUAGGGCCACACCACCAAAAGUCCUAGCACUUGGCAAAGAAGCAAGUGGAGCUCUUCAGUUCACUUGAGUCCUGUGUAGGCUACAUAAGAUCCUGCAGAGAGGGGAACAGGAUUUUAACCUGUGGCACCCUGAAUCUAGACAUACUCACCACCACCUAGAAAAGAAUGCCAGCACUCGGGAGGC